AUGACAAGUUAUGAUUUAUUAAAUCAAUUUUCUCCACCUGGAAGAUCAUCGUCAUCGUGUGGAAGUAAAUCAGAUAGCAAGAAAUCACAUAAAAAGGCAAAGAAGUGCCAUACACCAACAUCAUCGUCAUCUACUCCUCUCAACCACCCAUUAUCUCCACCACCUCUUCUCAACAUCAAUAGCCACCAUCACCAAAACCUAUCACAACAACGCGGCAAACACAACUAUAUCACUCAAUUUGUAGAAAUUGUCGAGCAAGAAUGUAUUAGCAUCGAAAGUGUCACACUCAAUAACCGUAAUGCCAACGUGCACGUAGUCGUCAAGAAUACAUCGUUUUCACUCAAGAUCCGCUCUUUGGACAUGAAUAUUAUCAAUUUUGCCAACAGUCAUGUCAAGGUCAAUCUCUACUAUGCCAACGAUCCCAUGAAAGAAGUCAGCUUUAUCCAUACACCACCCAUCCAAUACGUCGGUAGUAGCUGCAACAACGGUGAGAUGUUUUCGAUGGAUGUCAAGAUAUCAAUCUUGUCGUCGCAGCACCAAGGCAACCUCUUUUAUCUCAUGAUGAAUAUCAACGACGCCAAGUCAUCGUAUCCACAACCACAUAUCUAUUUGUCGCACCCAAUACGUGUUGUUUCCAAGGUUGACCACAUCAAAAAGGAUGUCAACGGAGCCUGUGAAAAGAAACAAACCUUUAUCGAUAUAUUGACCGAGCGCUUGAACAAGAUUGAGAGUCUCCAGGCAUCGCAAGAGCAUCUGGUCGGCCAGAUGUACAAGCAGCGCGGGUUACCCGCCCCACCCGCCAUCAUCAGCAGUCUUCCACUGCACGACGACGACGACAACUCGGAUGACAGCCCCUCUACACCACGUCCCAGCAACAAAAACAUUGCCGAGAACUUCCUCGAAGCUUUCAACCGUGUCAUCAAGGUGUACAAGGAAGAAUGUGAAAUACACCAAACUAAAUCACUCAAUGUCCAACCUAUUGUAGAUAGUCUUGAUAAUGAUGAAAAGGCUAUACUCUCAGACCUAUUAGACUCCUUUACAUUUGAUGAUCCAAAUAUUCAUAAACAACAACAACUCAAACAACAUCAAUUACAACAACAACAACAACAACAACAAUUAUUAAUUCAAGCAUGUGAACAACAACACCAACACCAACAGACACCACAAUCUUCACAAUUAGGAUCUACACAAUUAUCAGGAGCUGGAUCUUCAUCGACCAUGUCCUCUUUCCAUCUAUCUUCGAUCAAUCACCACGACGAUGAUUGUACGUCUUCUGUACCAGGCACCUCUACACCAUUUGGUCGUAAACACGCAUCCGACCAAUUAUUAUUCAUCUCGCCAAUGAUGAUGGGUGUCCAAUCACCAAUGCACCUCUCAUCACCGCUCCUUGCGGAUUUUAGCCAUGUAGUUGGCGGUGGUUGCAACUCGACCAUUCAUUCACCUCUAUCAUUUAAACCUUUAAAAUCACCAAAAUUUCAUAAUAUUAUAGACGACAAGUGUAACACUAAUAACAGUAAUAGUAAUAAUAAUAAUAAUAAUACUCCUAAUGAUAUAAUUGAUGAAUUAUAA